GAGUCGAGCAGAAAGGCCCCAACAAACCAAACCAACACGGCACACCAGACACCAGACACCAGGCGCGACCUGCCGCUCUUUCCCACUCCCGCGUCGUCUCCUCUCAUUUUGUCCCCUUUCCGUUGUCCUCGGAGCGAUGAGCCGAUUUGGCCGCCUCCCGCGAGCGGCCUGAGUCAAAGCAGCAUCAGUGGUCCACGGCAGCGUACGCCCAACCCCAACCCCACCACCAACCAGUCCCCUCUCCGCCGGCGACGCCGCCCGCCCUCCACCUCGCGGAGACGACACGGAGAGCGAGGUUCAUGAGGGGUUCGAGAAUGAAUCCGGACCGUAGGACACGGAGCAUCAUGUCAGUAGUAAUUGUGAUGGGUUUGUGCUGCUUCUUCUAUAUACUAGGCGCUUGGCAGAAAAGUGGGACAGGGAGGGGUGACAGUAUAGCAUUGAGGGUGACAAAGGAAACCGACUGUACAAUCUUGCCAAAUUUGCACUUCGAGACCCAUCAUAGCAUGGGUGGUGUUAAUCCGUUGAUCAUGAACAAGAAAGUGUUUAAGCCAUGCCAUAUUAGAUACAGGGACUAUACUCCUUGCCAAGACCAGAACCGAGCAAUGACCUUUCCUAGAGAAAAUAUGACCUACCGAGAGAGGCAUUGUCCUGCAGAAAAUGAGAAGCUGCACUGUCUUAUCCCAGCACCAAAAGGCUAUGUCACCCCUUUUGCUUGGCCCAAGAGCCGUGAGUAUGUUCCAUAUGCAAAUGCUCCAUACAAGAGUCUGACAGUUGAAAAAGCAGUUCAGAACUGGAUCCAGCACCAGGGAGAUGUGUUCCAUUUCCCAGGAGGCGGGACAAUGUUUCCAAAUGGAGCAAGCUCUUACAUUGAUGAACUUGCAUCAGUCAUUCCACUUGCUGAUGGCACCAUUAGGACUGCACUUGACACUGGAUGUGGGGUUGCAAGCUGGGGUGCUUACCUAAUGGAUAGAAAUAUAUUGACCAUGUCAUUUGCACCUCGAGACUCACACGAAGCUCAGGUUCAAUUUGCUUUGGAGCGAGGUGUUCCUGCUGUAAUUGGAGUGCUUGGGACUAUGAAGCUCCCAUACCCAUCUAGAUCUUUUGAUAUGGCCCAUUGCUCACGCUGCUUAAUCCCUUGGAAAUCAAAUGAUGGAAUGUACAUGAUGGAAGUGGAUCGGGUUCUUAGGCCUGGGGGUUAUUGGAUAUUAUCUGGUCCGCCCAUCAAUUGGAAGAAAUAUUACAAAACAUGGCAAAGAUCCAAACAAGAUUCAGAGGAAGAACAAAAUAGAAUUGAGAACAUUGCUGAAAUGCUUUGCUGGAAUAAAAUAUAUGAGAAGGAAGAUACUGUUAUUUGGCAGAAAAAGGUAAAUUUGAAUGCAUGCCAUAACAAGAAUGGUCGUACCAGCAAGAUGUGCAACGUUCAAGAUGCAGAUGACAUCUGGUAUAAGAAAAUGGAAGCAUGUAUAACACCUAUCCCAGAGGGAGCACAGCAGCUACAGAAGUUUCCAAAGAGACUAUUUGCAGUCCCUCCCAGAAUUCUAGAAGGUACCCCAGGUGUUACAGAAGAAGUCUAUGAAGAGGAUAAGAAGUUGUGGAAGAAGCAUGUUGAUACAUACAAGAGGGUAAACAAGUUGAUAGGGAAGUCGAGAUAUAGGAAUAUCAUGGACAUGAAUGCAGGCCUCGGAAGUUUUGCUGCAGUGCUGGAUUCUCCCGGCUCCUGGGUCAUGAACGUUGUGCCUACAAUAUCAGAGAGGAACACUCUUGGCAUCAUCUAUGAGCGGGGUCUUAUUGGCAUAUACCAUGAUUGGUGCGAAGCCUUCUCUACGUACCCUAGGACAUAUGACCUGAUACAUGCCAGCGGCGUCUUCAGUUUGUAUCAGAACAAGUGUGACCUGGAAGACAUUCUUCUUGAGAUGGAUAGGAUCUUGCGUCCAGAGGGCACUGUCAUACUGCGGGACAAUGUCGAGGUGCUGAACAAGGUCAGGAGGACGGUGACGGGAAUGCAAUGGAAGUCCAAGCUACUUGAUCACGAAGAUGGCCCUCUCGUGCCUGAGAAACUUCUGAUUGGUGUAAAAACGUACUGGGUUGGCAGAGAAGAAGGAAGCAGUUCAUAGACUCUCUUGCCCUGCGUCAAGAUUUUGGACUUCUGAUUGCUGUUGGGUGCCGCGUUGGGAAACAGUUCAUAGAUUCUAUCCCCGCAUCAUGAUUUUGGACUUCUGGUUGAUGUUAAAGAGCAGCGAAAAAGCAACAGUUCAUAGAUUCUUGAUCCCUGUGCAUCAAUUAAUAGAGCUUGUUCAUAGAUACAGAUCUCUGUUGAGAUGGUAUAGUUGACAAACAUUCAUAUGUGCAUGUCGAUAAAGAAAAUAUUAAUUGAUGAAUUUUCCAAUA